UGUGUUUUGAGAACAGAGACUCUGAAAGAGCAAGUCCAGAAAUUGGAACUCAAACAUCAGUCUGCAACACCCAACUUUACAGCUCAAACUCAGCUUCAAAUUCAAUUGCCCAGCGUCCUUUUCCCAUCACCCUAAACCACGCAAUCACGAUGAAUUCCCAGAGAACCCUCAUGGCGCAUGGCCUUCGACAUGCUUCGGUCGUGCUGCGGCAAAGGAUCACCGCGGUGAGGCACGUCCGGCUCGUCAACACGGACAGGGAAGAACUGGGCGGAGUGGGCGGCUCGGAGCCUCCCGGGCCGCAGCGCAACCCGGUCAACUGGAAAACCGGAUCUAUCACUGCCGUAGGGGUUCUUUUGGCCGGUUGGUGGAUGUUCCGGUCGAAGGGCGACAAGUCUAAGCAGGGGGAUGCGAACGCCAAAUGAAUGUUCGAUAAGGAAUUCAAGACGCAUGCAAGAGUGCGUACUUGAGGAUCUUCAAUCCAUUGGCCUUUGACAUAUUGAUCUCGGCAUCGGAAACCUCGCGCUUGAAGGGUAGGCGUCGUGUUAGUCAGAGCUGAACCCGUAACUGCGUCAAGGAAAUUAGACUUACCAAGCACAAGUACCUCUCCUCGAAAACCUCCAGAUGUGACUUGUCCUCACUUUUCGUGCCCUUGACGGAGGGCUGACCCGGGCGCGUCACGUCAACCCUGAGCAGAGUUGACCGCACUCGUCCAGCAGCCCCUAAAGUCAGCCACGAAGGACGCAGCAGGCCCUCCACAUCCUUCCCUUCCACCUCCUUCGCGCCCAAGUACGUUAACACCAAAUUCCUGGCC